AUGAAUGGGGAGACGAUGGAGGAGACCCCAUCGCAGGAGCAGCAGCAUGCCGGUAACGGCUCCCACCUCCCUCCCCCUCCCACCAUCACACCGGCCAUACCCCCCUACGUGAAGCUGGGUCUGACCAUCGCCUACACCAUCUUCUACUCGCUACUCUUUGCCUUUGUCUAUGCCCAGCUCUGGCUGGUGCUGCGGUACCGACACAAGCGCUUCAGCUACCAGACGGCCUUCCUGUUCUUGUGUCUGCUCUGGGCCGCCCUGAGAGCCCUCCUCUUCUCCUUCUACUUCAGGGACUGUGUGACCGCCAACGCACUUGGACCUUUCGCUUUCUGGUUGCUCUACUGCUUCCCAGUCUGCCUGCAGUUCUUCACGCUCAGUCUCAUGAACCUCUACUGUGCACAGGUUUACUUUAAGGCCAAGUCCAAGUACACACCUGCACUGCUGAAGUACAGACUUCCUCUGUACCUGGUCUUCCUGGCUGUCAGCUUCAUCUUCCUGGUGGUUAAUCUAGUUUGUGCUCUGCUGGUCAAGAUGACCGCCGCCGACGUCAAGACCAUCGUCCUGGUGAGGGUGACCAUCAACGACAGCCUCUUCGUCCUCUGUGCUGUCUCGCUGUCUGUCUGCCUCUACAAGGUCACCAAGAUGUCCCUGGCCAACAUCUACCUGGAGUCCAAGGGGACCUCAGUGUGUCAGGUGACUCUCAUCGGCAUCAUGGUGGUGUUACUGUACGCGUCCCGGGCCUGUUACAACCUGGUGGUGCUCGCACUGGCCGACAUCGAAACCAUCAACUCCUUUGACUACGACUGGUACAACGUUUCAGACCAGGCAGACUUGCGGUCAUCGCUGGGAGAUGCCGGUUACAUCGUGUUCGGAGUGAUUCUGUUCGUCUGGGAGCUGCUGCCCACCUCGCUGGUCGUCUUCUUCUUCAGGGUCAGACGGCCGCCUCAGGACAGGAGCACUGCUGGGAUACCGAACCACGUUCUCUCCUCCAGAGGAUAUUUCUUCGACAACCCUCGUCGGUACGACAGCGACGAUGACUUGGCGUGGAGCAUUCCCCCCCAGAACGCUUCAGCGAGUCUCUCCUCCGACUGCUACGACUGGGGCAGCCGCCACAGCAGCUUCACUGUGCACACCAACAGCGACGAACAGCGACUGACCGCCGCCGCCGCCGCCGGAGAGCUCCACCCUUACCCAUGA